GCGACAGUUGAUGGAAGCACAUUUAACGGCAGUGUUAUGGCGACGCACGGAGGCAGUUUUGAAAGUGUUAACAGCAUCGAAGUCCGAAAAGAAUACAAACGUAAAGCCAGGGAGGAGGUUAUUCAGAAGGCUAAGCAGCAGUAUGAGAAGGAGGAGAAAAGGAAGGAGCUGAAGAGACAGCGAGGAGAGGACACCUGGAUGCUCCCUGAAGUUGACCUCCGACUGCAGCAGCUAGAACAGGAGGUUUCAGGCAAGAAGAAGAAAGAGAAAAAGGCCAAGAAGAUUAAGAAGAAGAAGAGGAAGAAGGAGAAGAAGAGAGCUGAAGGAGGAGAUGGGUCCAGCUCAGAGGGGACAGGAAAUGAGUGGGUUGAGGCCCAGCCCCAGACAGAGGCCUCGGGUAAAGCCUGGAAGAUUCCUGCCAAGUCCGAGGCCAAGCCCACAGACAACAGCCCUACCCCACCCGAGAACAACCAGAGAGAUGAGUGGAUGACCUUUGACUUCUUGACAAUGAGAACAACGUCAACAGCAGAGAAGAGGGCUGAGAAAGAAAGGUUGAAAGAGGAAGAGAAACAGAAGGCCUGUGUCAUCGAGCAGGCUGGUCUGCACAAGCUGGAGUUGAACCCGUUCUGGAAGGACGGGGGGAGUGGCCUGCCCCCAGAAGAGAAGGCCAGUAAUGUGCUUGUAAAAGCUGCAACUGUAGAUGAUGGAGGACUAGGUUGGCUCAGGAAGUCUUACCAGAGGAUGAGAGAGCAGGCAGAGCGAGAGCAACGCAGUCUGGAGGUCAUAGUGGCAGAGCGAUAUGGGUCCAUGGAGAAGUUUCAGAAGAGGAUGUAUGAGGCUGAGAUUGCUGUGUAUGGCUACAAGAGAGGAGAGGGGGAAGGGAGAGGAGAGGAAGAGGGGAGAGACCGACAAAGAUGGAGGAGAGGACAGGAAGAUGGAAUGUGGAGGAAAGGAGAAGUGGGGAUGGAUAGAGAGAGGUGGAGGAGACCAGACAAGGGUAGGGACUUACCUGGAGAGAAAGAGAGGGAUGGAGAGAGGGAAAGAGAUCGUCACCGAGACAGAGAUCGGGAUAGGAACAGAGCUAGAGAUGGAGACAGCGAGCGGGAUGGCGGUAGACCUAGUGACAGGGAUAGAGAGAGGGCUGGAGGGAGAGAGAGGGAUGGAGGUAGACCUAGUGACCAGGAUAGAGAGAGGGAUGGAGGUAGACCUAGUGACCGGAAUAGAGAGAGGGCUGGAGGCAGAGAGAGGGACAGAGGCAGAGAGAGGGGUGGGGAUGAGAGCCUUGGCUCUGGGCUUGGCCAGAUUCAGCCUCCCCUGUCCCUCGGAGCUCUGAAAAGUCGCUUCCUCAAGCCUGCUGACGACGAUGAUGAUGGAGUGUCAGCCCCUGCUCCGGCCCGAGCUUCCAUGGGUUUCCUGAAACCUGGGUCUGACAUUGAGGAGUUGGAUCGGAAGAGCAGCUGUCCAGCCUGGAGCAAGAGCAGCUCCGGACAGAGAUCUGCUUCAGGAAAAUCGGAGCAGGAUAAAGAGAGGGAGUCUGAGAAAACCAUGUCUACUCCUGACCAGGGUCAUAGCAGCAACAGGCUUGCAGUGACAUCAUCCAGAUCUGACAGCAGUAGUGACAGUUUGAGUGAGGAGGAGGAAGAGGUACCGAUCCUCACAGAUGAAGAGAUGAACAAAUUGGGGGCCAGGCUGGUGAAGGCAGAGAUUAUGGGUAACACGGCUCUGAUGGAGAAACUGAAGACCCAGCUGGAAUCAGCCCGUAAUGCCAAGGAGAAUCGUGCCGCACAGCAACCUGGGAAAUCGGACAGGGCUCCAUGUCAAACAGAGGAGGACCAGGAAGUACUUCUCUUCAGAACAGACCAAUCGGGUCGUGCCUGGCCGGUCAAUGCCUCUUCGGAACUCCAGGAGCCCGGAGGAAGACGUAGGAAAAAGAAGGCGAUUGAGACCCACAGGGAUGGGGAGCGUAUGAGAUACUUCCAGGAUGAUGACAGUGUGGGUCUUCAUGAGAUGGUCCGCAGGGAGAAGAUGAGCUCUGCAGAGGACCAGAACUCCCUCUACGCACGCAUGGCUGGCAAGAUGAUGGGGAAGACAGACGAUGACAACUACACCCUGGAUGACAUGUUUGUUUCCAGCGUGGCUCAGAGAGAGGGCGAGGGGCGGGACGAGGAGAGGAUGAGGAGCAGAGCCAUAGCGGAGCACAGGCGACUGGCCGUUACCAUGGAGAAAUGCCAUCACUGCUUCAGCAACCCCGAGCUCCAGAAACACCUGCUCAUUGCCAUAGGAACCAAGGUGUAUCUGAGCCUGCCUGGGGGUGUGUCUCUGACAGAGGGUCACUGUCUGAUCACUCCACUGCAACACCACUGCUCUGCCACUGGAUUGGAUGAGGACGUGUGGACCGAGAUCCAGGUGUUCCGCAGGGCGCUGGUGCAGAUGUUUGAGUCUCAGGAUCAGGACUGUGUGUUUAUGGAGACCCACAUGAACCCAAAGAGACGCCAGCACAUGGUCCUGGAGUGUAUCCCUCUACCCAGAGAACUGGGAGACAUGGCUCCUAUCUACUUUAAGAAAGCCAUCAUGGAAUGUGAUGAGGAGUGGGCAAUGAAUAAGAAGGUAGUGGAUCUCUCCUCCAAAGACAUCCGCCACGCUGUGCCGCGGGGUCUGCCAUAUUUCUCAGUAGACUUUGGUCUUCAGGGGGGCUUUGCUCACGUCAUUGAAAACGAACACAAGUUCCCCCACUACUUUGGCAAGGAGAUUGUUGGGGGGAUGUUGGACGUGGAGCCAAGGAUAUGGAGGAAGUCCAUCAGAGAGAACUUUGACGACCAGCGGAAGAAAGUCCUUGAGUUCUCCCAGUGGUGGAAACCCUUCGACUGCACCAAGACGGACAGCUGAACCAACCAACCAACACAUCUCAAUAAACCCCUAGCCCCUGAACAUAUACAGUAGAUGUAACUGCAAGCCAUAUGGCGUUAGCCCCCUUCUGCGUUAGCCCCUUGUCUUCUGAGACUAUGACUCUGUCUGCUUUAUAAUCCUCUGAUCCUGUCAACACAUUGUUUUACUCUGAGAUUAUUCUGAUUAAAUACGGGCAGAAGGCCAUAAAAUAACUAUUUUAAAAGCUGAUGUACAGCUGUUGUGUAUGUUGGGAUACGUUGUUUUACUAUCUUAAAAAUAAAUGAAUAUGAUGCUU